UCUGUUUUUUCUGAUAUAUCUAUCAUCUACUUGUGAAUGUGAAAUAUAGACAUAAUUCAUAAGUCAUAACAAGAGUUUGUUGCUGCUGUUUUCGAAGGACCUUCUUUUUUGGAAAGAUAUUGAUAAUGGGUAGAAAAAGAAACGAGGACUGCCGGAAACACGUUACAGAAGUAGAAAAUAAGAAUAAAUGGAUAUGCAAUUAUUGUAGUAUUGAGUAUAGUGGAGGAGCUUCUAGAAUUGAAGCACAUCUGGGUUUGAAUGGCAAAGGCGGAGGCAUUAGGCGAUGCUCCCAUUAUCAUGAAGGAAUUCAGAAUAACAAAAAUAUGGCAUCAACUUCAAGUAAUCCACCAGAAGCUGUGAUUAAUAGACUUUAUUCAACACAAUAUCAAGUGGCUGAAGGUGUUCCACAAGUGAUUGGCACUCAUACCAGAAGCUCGGUUAACCAUCCAAAUAAUGCUGAAAUCAUGAAUUUAUUUCAAGGUGUGAACGUUAGCGGUGGUAACAGAAAUGUUUCUGAAAGUGAGAAUAAUCAAUUAAACCAAUUGGUUAUUGAUUUAGAAUGUGACGAGUCUCGGGGCAAAAAACGCAAACCAGAAGUUGAUGCGUCGUUGGAAGAAUUACUUCUUGCUGAUGAAAAUAAGCCUCUCACUUUGCCGACUGAAUUUGUCGGGUCGAAAUUAGAUGAAAAUAUCCAUGAAGUGUUGAAACUCCUUGCUGAUGAUAAAGUCUUUGUCAUUGGCAUAUAUGGAAUGGGAGGAGUGGGAAAAACUUUACUUGCAACUCUCGUGGAAAAUGAAGUAAAAAGGAAAGCAACUUUUAAGCAUGUGUUUUGGGUCACUGUUUCUCACAAUUACAGCAUCUCAAAAUUGCAACAUGAUAUUGCAAAAAGAAUAGGUGUGAAGCUUGAUGAAGAUGAUGAAAGAAUUAGAGCAGAAAAUUUGUCUUUGGCAUUGAAGAAAAAGGGAAAAUCAGUUCUUAUUUUGGAUGAUGUUUGGAAAUAUAUUGAUUUGCAGAAGUUGGGAAUUCAUCCAGAAGUAAAUGGCAUUAAAGUGAUUUUGACAACUCGUUUGGAACAUGUAUGUUACCAGAUGGAUUGCCACCCAUAUGCUAUAAUACAAAUGUUUCCUCUUAGUUGUUACUACAAAGAAUAUGGAUCUGAAGGUAGUGAUGAACAGUGUUUUCAUCCAGACGAGUUUACGAGUUAACACUCAAUUUGUGGAACAGUGUUUUCAACCCAUAAUUUUCCUAUACGUAAUGUAAAGCCAAACAAGCUUUAUUAUUA